GGAGGGAGGGGUGAAUGAUUUCAGCGACUGGAAGCAGUCGGUGAUUAAACUCAACAGUUUCUCAGCAGCAGAGGAGCAGCUCCAUCACCUCCUCCUCCUCCUCCUCCUCCUCCUCCAGCCUCCUCCCCUCCCUCCAUGCCAGCGGAGGUGUCCGCGGGGCUGCCAUGGCGAAGAUCCGGGUGUCGUACGAGUACUCUGAGGCCGAGGACAAGAGCAUCCGGCUGGGCUUGUUCCUGAUCGCCUGCGGCAUCCUCAGCCUCUUCAUCCUGGGCUUCUGCUGGCUCAGCCCGACGCUGCAGAGCCUCCAGAGCAAACCGGCCAACUGCACGGUGGUGUCGGUGCUCCGCCCUGAGGAGAUGUUUGAGUGCGUGUUCACGUGCGGGACGGACUGUAAGGGAACCUCCUUAUAUCCCUGCCUGCAGAUCUUCGUCAACAACUCUGAGUCGAACUCUGUGGCGCUGCUGCACUUCGACGAGCAGCAGCUGGUCCUCAACCCAAAGUGCUCCUACGUCCCCCCCUGCGAGAGGGACAAUCAGAAGAACAAAGACAGCGUUCUGUGGUGGGAAGAUUACUUCAGCAACGAGGUCAGCAGCCAGUCCUUCACCUGCUUCUUCAACCAGCAAAGGAGGCCUGAUGACGUACUGUGGCGCCGUUCCCAUGACACCAGCGUCCUGCUGCACUGCAUCCUCUGGCCAAUGGUGUCCCUCCUUCUGGGCACGCUCAUCGUGUUGCUGACAGUUUGCGCUCGCUCUUUGGCUGUCAGAGCCGAAGCCCUCCAGAAGAGGAAAUGUUCCUACGAGGUGUGCCAGGAUUUGUCUCUGGUGCCUUCAAAUCCCCGCUGCAACAAGGCCAGCGACCCCCUGGCAUCGAACUCCGACCCUGAGCUGUCGUCACCCUCACGGACCCUGCCUCUGUUUGCGGUGCCGGUGCGGCGGCGUGAUCGGUAACACAGACGCAGAUAUCUGUUUGACAUGAUUGAGUCGACGCUGAUGGACCCGGGGGUGCAGUGGACGCCUUAAGAGAGCCUCUUUUGUUUGAGAAAGCGGAGUAGGCAACGUGCAAAGGUGAAGACGAGGGUCAUUCCCCUCUAUUGCCUUUAGAGGGCAGCAAAGACGCUGCAGAGAAACUUUAGCCUUUUUUAAGAAUUUAACUCCAAGCGACGCUUUCGGUCUGUUUUCGGCUUAGAGCUCAAUCUGUGAGUUUAUGAUGUUAACGAGGUUAACGAGGUUAAAGCCCAGUUUUCUUCCAGUAGCAAUUUGAACUUUUGUUUACAGUCAGCGACAUACCCGACAGAUUUGAUCUAUUUUCCUGAAUCACUUUUUCAAAUCUAUUCUCUGACUUUUUUCAACAAAAAUCCUAGGAUGUGGUGUUUCUCUUUAGGAAACGGGACAGAAUUCAGCUAAAACGGCACUUUCUCUGACAAAGUGACAUGUUUUAAUGACAGCCUGCACUGGUGGGAGGAGCCUUAAAAGAAGAGUGAAAGCCUCAAACAGGGAUUGGGGGAGGAGCCUAACUGUUGAUUUCUUUUAGGCUUUAGACUUUAUUUUAUUUUAUUUAUUUUUCAAACAAUUAUCUACAAAAUGAUUUUAAGCAUCUUUUUACAGAUUGUAAAAAUAUCAAUCUUUGUUUAAAACCUUUAAUGGUUUUGAAUCCUCUUUAAGUUCAACCAAAUACCGUCAAAAAGUCAAAUCUAAACUAGAAUUCAAACAAUAUUAUGAGAAUACAUUUUAAAAUGUAUGUUUGGAAGGUUAUUUGUCAAAGUUUUACACGUUAAACCAGUUAUAAUUACUUAUUUUUAUGCUCCUUUUUUUCGUAAGACAUCAUAUAUUUUUAGAAAACAAAUUUUUACAAUUGAUGGUCCAGAUUUUUGAUGGCAAACGACCGUUUGGGAUGUAAGAUAUGGUGUCUGUAGCUCUGAUAUUAAUGGAUGAGCACAGACGGCCGUGGAUUUGGUCAUCUAACUACGUUAAUAUCAAUCACUCUGACAGCAGCGCUUUGUCUUUUCAGUAAUUAUAGGUGACACUAUUGGACAAUCUGAGCUCUGAAUGAGCUGAACAUCAAUCAAAGUCUUUGCUGUUCAUGUUUUGAGACACAUUGUCACUUUAGAACUUAAAGCAACACACAACAGGUUCCAGUUUUGGAUGGAUUCUGGUUCUUUCGCCAUAUUUUGAAUGUUUAUUGAUGCAUUGAAGCUCCUUGAUGGAGCAUUUCUGACACUACACUCUUGGUUUUCAGCUAACAGAAGUGAUGGGUCAAAUAUUCACACCUUCAGGUCAGGCCCAUCCUUAGAGCUAGGAAUCAACCUAAAACAUGUUAGGCAUGAUUUUUUAAGUCUUUAUUCUCAUGCAGGAGCAGAACUGCUAUAAAUGUUUCAAGUAGAACGUUCCAAGUAUUUGGAUCAAACUGGAGUACGUAUGGUGCAGAGAACUGAGCCAAGUUUUGAGCCAAUCAGCAGUGCGCUUGAACCACAGAAUUAUGUAAAACUGGAUUUUUUAGAUUUCUUUUUUUCCUAUUUAUAUGAUAGGCCUAUAUUAUAUAAUAGGCAGAUUGAAGAAAAGCUGUCUAUUGUUAAAUAGAAAAUACAAAAAAAGGACAUAUAGUUUUCUGUUUGGAGGUUAAAAGUUGACAUUUCUUUAUAUUGAGGUUUGCUUUGGAGGCCAACAGGAAUUUAUUAAUUAUGAAUGAUAAUGAAUUUCAUAAAUCCACCCAAGAACCCCACCAUUUUCUUCAAGUCCCCUCUGCUUUUACGAUUUUGUUCACUUUUGUCCCAAAUUCUCUGAACCCAUGCAGCCUUUUGCACAGUAGAAACAUUCUUUUACUGCAGAAAGAACGAGGAGCUAGCGGGGAGUUUUUAACCUUUUUAUGUCAAAGUUCGUCUACGUUCAGUGAUCCAGUAGGUGGAGUCAUAGAGCCAGAAUGUUAUCGGAGCCGGCAAAAAAUUCCACAUGCGGUCUCCAGCCAAUGUUGUAGCAUGAAACCGAAUUGUAGCCACACAGGAUUUUCUAAAACAAAGACUGCUCCACUAAGUAAGUGUUACCUACAAUUAUGCAUGUCUGACAUUCUGUCAUUUCUGCUUUUUGUUUUUAUAGUACCGAUAAAACAUAUGUCUCUGUAAGACCGGAGCGAGAGCUUGGUUCGCACAGCCGGCAGUAAAUCAGACCUGCAUGUAGGACUUUGGCAGGGCUGCCCUUUAUCACCGGUUCUGUUCAUAGUUUUAUGGACAGAAUCUAUAGGUCUGGUUUGGGGACCACAGGAUUUCCUCUCUGCU